UCAAGAAUAGAAACUAAUCGCAAAGCAGACACUGCAGCUGGACUUUUCGUUGAGGAUUUGUUUUACGACGAAUAAGUUUGUUUCGAUUAUUCGUGAAGCUAAGAUGUUUAUCAAACCGUUUAAAGUUAAGUCAAAUAAUCAACUGAAAGGAACGGAAAGGAAGAAAUUAUGCCAAGAAAUUUUAGCGGCGUACCCAAUGCUAACAGACGAAGAAACGCAACAGUUAGUUCCCAAAAAGGAGGCAAUAAGUGUCAUGAAAAUCAUAACUUAUGGAGGGCAGUUGGGCAAAGUGUACUGUGCUGCCAAAAUACCUGUGUUUUUCCAACUUGACUCUUUGCAUUCUGCGUUAUUGCCAACCAUAUAUACCUUAUGGCAUCAUCCAAACUUGUUAAGAGUUUUUACAACACGUCUUCCAGUUGUAUCCAAAUUAGCAAGUGGUGCCGAUUUGAUGUUGCCUGGAGUAGUUGUCAAAGAACCUGUUACAUUAUAUUCCUUUGGCAAAUUACCAAAAGGUACUCCUGUUUCGAUAGAUACAGAAGAUAAUAAGGCAGCUGUUGCUGUUGGUCUCACUGCACGUUCUAGCGAAGAUAUGUAUAUGUCUGGAGGUCAUGGGAAAUGUGUAGAAAUUUUACAUGUAAUAGGCGAUAUGCUUUGUCAACUGGGAAAACCACCUGUCAGACCGAAUUUAGGACCAUUAGAUAUGGAAUCGAAUAAUGAUAAAUUAGAAAGUACAGAGCAAGUCAAUGAAAACAUUGAUAAGCCAGUUGCAGAUGCCAUGAACGAUUUAGAAAUUUGUGAUAAUAGCACCCUAGAAACAGAAUGUCCUUGCGAGGAAAAUACGGAUGUAACUAGAAUAGACGAGACCGAAGGGAUGGAAAGUGUAGUCGCGGAACAGCCAGAAAUAGUCGUAGAUCCUGUACAAGAAAUGGAUAAUUUGUUAGAAUAUUGCUUUUUAAAAGCGUGUAAAAAGUCUGUGAAGUCUAGCGAUUUACCAAUGCUGGUAUCAAAUUUUUCUAAAAAUCACUUGUUAGCGGCUUGUCCACCCGAUAGAAAUAUAGACAUAAAAAGGUCUCGUUAUAAAAAGUUAUCCGUAUUCUUAGCGGAAAUGAAAGAAAAGGGUGUUAUCAACACUUCUGUUACGAAAGGCGUCGAAAGUUUGCUAUCGAUUAAGUUCGAUCACCCUCUUCUAAAAGAGUUGGUUAUUUUAGAAGAACCAGCACCGCCGUCGGAACCGGUUGUUUCGAACACUGCAGUUGUCUCAGAGUGUUACAGAGUGACUGCAGACGUUGUGCCAGUGUUAUCGAAAUUCAGAUACGAAAAAGGGGACGUAAUGAAAAGAGCUGAGAUCAGAAAAUGUUUUACUGAAUACGUGAAAGCGGAGAAUCUACAAGACGGAAAGAUGUUGAAAUUAAAUCCGCAACUCGCAGGUAUUAUGAAGACCAAAGCGGAUCAGGAGACUAUUACGAUGGAGGACGGAAUAAAUAAAUUUAUAGGACGCAUGACGCAUAUGCACGAAGUUACGUUAGCGGGGAAUAAAUUAUUGCACACGGGCAAACUGGAACCCAUCGAUAUGAGGGUUACUGUUCGAUCCGGAGGCAAGAAGGUAACGCUAGUGAAUAACUUGGAAACCUUCGGUAUAAAUUCCAAGGAGUUCAGUAAGGAGUGCCAAAUUAUCGGCGCGAGUGCAACGAUUACCGACGAACCUGGAAAGAAAACCCCUAGCGUUCUCGUUCAAGGAAACCAGAUCUUAUACGUGUAUAAAUUACUUACCGAAAAAUACCAAAUUAAAAAGACUUACAUAAGAGGCUUAGAAUUUGCUCCAAAGAAGCAAGGAUCUCAGAAAAAAUAAAGCAGCACGCCUCGAGCACGUCUCGCGCUUGUAUUUUGACUCACGAAUAAAUGGACUCUCAGUGAAAUAAAUAAUUGUUAUUUACUCGUGGCUUCUCCUUUACCGUUUCCCCAAACUGCGCCGGGCUCCGUCGAGGACCUAGGUUUACUUUUCGGUUAGAUUUAAAUUCGGCGAAAGGUGGUACGAGCGUAAAUGGGUAGAAACGCUCAGCUCGGAAGAGAUUCGACGAUCAAAGUUUGUUAAUAUAAUUUAUUGUAUAUCGAGGUUUCAACAUGGAAAAGUACAAAUAUUGCAAUAUAGGGCCCGCGAGCUCUCCUCGGGUGGGAGGGAGGGAGGGAGGGAAGGGAGGAGGGUACAAUUUCACAGGAAGGAGAGACAACGCAUGUCAAGAUAUCUCGAGACUUUUUUGUUUUUCGUUUGUUUGUUUCAUCUGACAGGAAUGCGCUCGCUACAAUUUCGAAACCGAGGGUACACGAGGUAUUACAGAUAUUGAAUGUAUAUUCCUCUGUUCGUUCUUUGUUUUUUGUUUUUUUUUUUGUUCUUCUUUCGUUUGCCUGACGAUGGGGAAAAUGUCGAAGAUCGACGAACGAUCCGUCGAGAUUUCACUUGAGUAAAGGAAGGUUCCCUCCUCUCCACGGCCCCCGCAUAUAUUUAAUACUCGUUUUGUUCUUUUUCUCUGUUACGGACACGCACGUGCGCGUCGCGUCGCAAAUCAAUGCGAGUACGCGCGACCCGCACUUGCGUGUCGUCGCAGUUAUUACUUUUUUUUUUCUUUUUUUAAUCAUCGUCAUCAUUUUCAUCAUCAUCAUCAUCAUCAUCAUCAUCAUCAUCAUCGUCGUCGUUAUUAUCUUCGCUUUCUGUUCCUUAACUAAACAGGCUGCCCCUGCAGUCGUGAUCGCUCGACUUUGAUAUCUACCCAUCGCGCGAUUCGUCGAACGAAGAAAACGACGCGCACAAAGGGUACCUGAACCGUUCCGACGCGAAAGGUUGAGGUACUCGUUUCCCCCGAUAUCUCGAGCAUGUCUGACAAACACCAAUCUCCUCGUUUGGCUCGACGUAAUCUGUGGGCGGAUAUGACUCGACAAUCCGCGGAUCCGACGACGCCCGCGCCACGGGGCGCGUUCGCGAAUUCGCGGAAUUGCUUCAUUAUAUUAUAAUUAAAUUUCUUUUUUUUUUUCAUUUUUUUUUUUUUUUUUUUUUUUUUAAUAUAUUCUUUAGCGUCUGUUUUUCUGAAAACAUCGACAUCUCGUUCAACAGUCCUUAUGUCGUUUUCGUCGACGAAUCGCGACGACGAACACAGUCGGACACGCGCGUCUACGAAAGCACCCUCAGUUUCAUCUGACCCCUCCCCUCCCCCCCUCCGUACCCCCAUUGCUCCUCCCCCGCACCCUUAAAAUAAAGAAUUCGCCGUAUUAUCGCCACACGAUCGUUAUAUCUCGACAGACAAGCGCGCCACGGCUGCAUCGGAGCGCCUCUAUCUCACUCUCUCCAUCUCUCGCUAUAUUCUAAAUCGUAUCUUUUCAUCUCUGUUUUCAUUUUCUUCUUUUUUCUUUUUUUCAUUUUUUUUUCCCCUCACUUUCGGGAACAUAUAUUCGCGCCUACCGUUGUUGCCUGUCCAUCAUCCGGUUGUUUCAUACACGACCGUAAAAGCGUCGCCCGCGAUCGUCGCCGAACGUAUUUAUUCGUCGUCAUGUGUCGUCGUUCUUCGCAAAGAAAAAAAAAAAAAAAAAAAAAAGAUUUGAUCGCCGAAAUGUGUUUCGUUUACCGUCAUAUCGCCCAAUUCCGCAACGUCACCUCGUCUUUUGCACUCGUAUACCGGUCAACCUCUCGAUUCAUUCUCUCAUUCGUUUUACUCUCGCUCCCACGAAUCUACUCGCUCUCCUCUCGUGCACUCGGCUCAUUCUCUCCUACUUCCGGUUAAUUUAUUACUUAUCUUUUUUUUUUCGCCUUCGGAAUUUUCAUAAUUUUUUUUUUUUGUUUCUUUAUCUUUCUUUUAUGCAACACAUAAUGCGACUAGGUAGUACAGGUUAAUUAAUAAUUAAUAUCGUUAGUUAUACAAUAAUAACGUAUGACUAGACAAUGCAAGAUAAUAAUUAUAUCGUAAAUAGUAAUAAUCAUGGAUCGCAAUUUAUAUCAACAAUUGUGAUGGCGCGCACGUGUUCUCGAGAAUGUUGUUGCUGUUGUUGUUGUUGUUGUUGUUCUUGUAGUUUCAAAUUUUUCGUUUUGGUUUUUUUAAAAUUAUCAUUACGUGUGUGCCUCUGUGUGCGUGAAUGGUCACCCCUUUCUACCCCUCGUGUAUGCAUGUUUGUAACUUGUUGCGCGUGACUGUGAGACCCGACGCCGACGUCGAUCAGAGUCUCUUUUUGUUAUGUCGUGCGUUUCUCCAUCGUUUCUUAUUUGUUUUUUUUCUUUCUUUGUCGAGGCUAAAACGCGCGAGAGUAUGUCUUAAUUUGUAUGCGCGUGCUGCGUAUGUGUAUAUGUGUCGCACCCGGGUGCGUGGGCGCAGAAAGAGUCAUCGGCAAGAUUCGCGACGCAUCCUCGAUUCGUUGCAUCGAAAUCGCGAACACGCGUUUCGACGGACGAUUAUUUCCUAACGUUCGCGAAACAUUUUUCGGGCAACGACGAGGAAUGCUUCCGCGAAAUCAACGUGAACGAAACGUUCCUAUGUUGUUUUAUGCGUGUAAUAGCAACGAGAAGAUUGUGUUCCCUUCCGUUAGCUCGUUUUGUUCGAUUGAUCUCUUUUCAGUUCGAGUCGAACCUCGAGUAUGGAGCACGUUGUACGAUACUAUAAUUAUAAUACGAUGUCACAAUUUCGAAACGAACGUGGAAUGUGGGGAUGUGAGAAAUUUCCAAACGUAGCGAUUACCGUUCCACGGGUUGUUACGAUAUCGAUGUAUUUCGAGGUUUUCCUUGGAACUAACAAGACGGAAUUCGCGUAUGUAUGCGUGUGGAUGUAUGUAUGAACGUGUAGAUGGACAUGUGUCUACGUGUGUGCAUGUAGAGGAAGCUUCUUGCUCUGAACUACAUAUUAAAUCGGUAUCCCGAUUAACCUCUUAAAAAGCACGCCCAUAUAUGGUAUAUAUAUGUGUAUAUAUAUAUAUAUAUAUAUUUAAUUGUUGUUGCACAACAAUAGCCGUCGCGGUGUUUACGGGAUGCUCGAAAAUUUCACGUGAGAAAUACAUGCGUUCGUAAUGUAAUAUAAUGUAAUACAAUAUAAUGUAAUAUAAUAUAAUAUAAUAUAAUAUAAUAUAAGAUAAGAUAAUGUAAUGUAAUAAUAUAAUGUAAUAUAAUGUGUAUAUAGAUAUAUCUAACUUCCACAUAAUACUUCAAUGGAUCCCCUAUCUGUACUUGCAUAAAUAAUACGCGUAAGUAAUUAAUAAUUCAUGCGAUAAGUAGACAGUAAUACGGAUAAAUGACGAUAAUUAAAUAGAGAUACACGUAUAUAGGUUUAGAUUUAAUCCGCGUUGCGCGCCUAAGACGUAAACAAAACCCGUGCCCCGAAUGAGGGUACCCGAAGAAAGUAUAACAUACGCGAAACUACUCGAGAAAGAAAUUAGCAUUUCGACUCCAUUCCGGGGAGCGCUAGUCGUUUGAGAUUCUACUCUUUAAGAGGUUAAGUAAUCUGCUGGCGCGACGUUUCCCACAGGAUCGAUCGAUCGCUGGAUCGACGCGUCGACGAACGUUGCCGUGACGCGCCGACGGGCGAUGGAUCGACGAUAACAGUGAUUACACGGUAUCCUUCGCGGCGAUGGCUCCCCGCGAAAUUAGCUCCUCGUUGAACAAUUUCGUCAGGGGCUUGAUGACCAGAGGUGCUCUAGCUAAAGGUCUAACGUUACGGUGAAAAAAAAGAGAAUUGUUUCCCUCGGCUAUCGUUCACAAAAGCUCGAAAAGAAAUGAACUUCCUCUUUGGUUUCUGGUUUUCGUCUUCGCCCUUGAUCAAUGAUCGCAACGAACGCGGUUACACCGUGUCGUCGAUAAUCGAGUGACUCUUUCGAUACUAACGAGAUAAAUAGAAAGAGGAAGAAAAGCUCGGUUGUUUCAAAUUUUCUUGGUCGACGCGUGAACCAUAAGGAUCCCGCAGACUGGUCUGACGUGACGUGAGCUGCGGGACGCUUUAGGCCUGCGCACGGCAGCAGUGGUAUGGCCCGUGCAUGAUCAGACGCAGGCAAAACCGCGAAGACAGCCUCCGCGUAAAGAGACUCUUCUUCGUGUUAGUUCUCCCGGGGGUUUCUUUCCCCCGAUUUUACCAAAGAAAGAAUGUUGUCCUUUCGAGGGUUUCUGCAUUUUGGAAAUUAGUCUACUCGUCGACGCGAGUUCUGUCACCGUCGGGGCAUCGCGAGGAGAACGAAAGGCCUUCCCGUGGAAACUCGUGUCUGGCCGGACCGUCGCAUUCUACUUACUCGUAGCACCGUACACGAUCGUGCUAAUCGAGUCGCGCUUCGACUACGUAAUUUAAUUACGUUGUACUUCGAUUACGUUGAGUUACGUAUAUUCAAACUUCCCUAUCGCUCCCUAACCCUUUCUCACGAUCCAGAAACGGUUCCCUUUUUCUCCCCGCGAUACGUAUCGUUCCGACGGCGUAAAAAGAACGCUCGGAGUCGUUCUGGCUUCCCCGCCACGAGUCAGUCUUACUUUGUCUACCCAUUGUUAUUUUUUUUCCCUCGACCCCUGCUCCUCCUCCCCCACCCUAAACUUUGUCGUUUAAUAAUAAAUAAUCGCUACACAUGUUUACUUUUUUAUUUUCUUUUAGAUCGUACGUCCCGUUCUUAAUUUACCCGACCUAUCACGAUUCUCGCGUUCACCGAGGCCACGCUUCCAGCGAAUCGUGGGAAUUUUUUUUCACUCGAAAUUCUCGAUAGUCUCUCUCUCUCUGGGCGCGACAAUCGUAUCGCUAUACAUAUUAUAUUAUAUACGUCGUUAUUAUUAUCACUUAUGAUUUGUGCAGUUCUUCCGUGCGGUUACGUCCGAUGGUACGUUAUUAUACACACAGAAUGAUCGUUCGCCGGUGAACGUUCUUCGAUAUUCGACGGUUAUCCGUGGAAUCGGUCA